AUGAUAAUUAUCCCCCUAACGAUUGCAUGGGUGGUCCUUGCCAUUUGGCAGCUCUACCGGGCCAGUAAGACGAGAAGUCGGCGCAGGAAACUUGCCCAGGAAUGGAAUUGCCAGCAGAGCUCCCAUUUCCCCGGUGGUGCGUUUGGUAUCAACGUGCUACGCCUAUUAAGAGGCGCUCACCUCGAAGGACAAAUCGCACACUUACACAGAGAGGGUCAUUUACAGUACGGUAGCACCCUCGAUGCUAACUUUCUCGGCCACAAUGUCAUCUCCACCACCGAGCCGGAAAAUAUCCAGGCCAUCUUGGCCUCGCAAUUCUCCAGUUUCGGGUUGUCUCAGCGGCGCCAUCCGCAAUACCAACCGCUACUUGGGGAGGGCAUAUUCACCUCGGACGGGAAGGCCUGGGAGCACUCGAGGAAGUUAUUACGGCCCCAAUUCACAAAAGACCAACUCCCCGCCCUGGAGUGGUUUGACUGCCAUUCCGAACAUUUUAUGCAAAGUCUGCCGUCCGAUGGCUAUGCCUUCGACGCUCAGGAGAUUUUCUUCCGACUGGCGCUCGAUACUGCAACCGACUUUCUGUUUGGAGAAUGCGCCAACUCUCUUCUCUCCGCUGGUUCAAACCAGACAGGGGUCGUGGAAAAAGGGGUCGGUGAAGGACAAGGCUUUGCAGAGGCCUUCGACCACGCUCAAUAUGUUCUUUUCCAGCGUUCAUUGGCGUUCUCAUUCUAUUGGCUUAUUAAUCCAAAGCAGUUUCGAAAGGCCAACUCCACGGUCCACCGGUUCAUAGAUUACUACGUGAACAAGGCUCUUCAAUGCGAUCAGAGCAACGGCAGUCCUCAAACUAAGGAGAAAGGCCCGGACUACGAGCGAUAUUAUUUUCUCCGGGCGCUAGCUAGCCAAACCAAAGAUCGAAAGGUGCUGAGAGAUCAAUUGGUGAACGUCCUUCUAGCCAGUCGGGAUGAUGUCGCCAGCUUGCUCAGCUCGAUCUUUUAUCUACUAGCGCGGGACCAACUCGCGUGGAAGAAGCUGAAGGAGGAGAUUUCUCAUGCGACAAGCCUGUGUAAAGAUAAAAUAGGCCUGGAGGAGAUUCAGCGUCUUCCAUAUCUUCGAGGAGUGGUCCACGAGGCACUAAGACUCUUCCCUCCAGUUUCUCUUAACGCUCGUGUUGCACGACAUGAUACAACCAUCCCAGUCGGAGGUGGCCCCGAUGGCCGCGCCCCUGUCUUCGUAUGCAAGGGUCAGACCAUUCUAUACUCAGUCUGGGCGCUUCAUCGACGCCUGGACCUCUGGGGCGAAGAUGCUGAGGACUUUCGGCCGGAGAGGUGGGUGGCGCGAAAGCAGACCGCGGGGGAAUUCCUUCCGUUCAAUGCCGGGCCUCGAGUCUGCCUUGGGCAAAAAUUCGCUGUUAUCCAGGUUAGCCACCUGGUGUUUCGGGCUGUGCAGCAAUUGGAUAGGUUGGAGAGCGCUGAUACAGGGCCGGACAUGGGCAUGCGUCCUCCCAUGCGGCAGACGCUGACCAUGUGCCAUAAGCAUGGGGUCCAAGUGCGCGUGUACCGAGUUAAGCAUUAG